UUACAAUUUACAAUGUAGGGAAGUGGGUCGGUAUAUGUAACGGCAACGCCAUUAUUUGUUUUCAGUACUUUCAGGAGUGAAUCUAUACAGUUAGGUUUGGCUUCCUCUUCUUCCUAAUCGUUUCUCAAAACCUAAAGUUGGAGUUAGGCUUCCGACCCUUGGUUUUUCUUUCUCAGAUUCUCCGUUGGCAUUUUAUUUUUUUCAUUUUAAUUAUUUGUUUUAUUGAAACUUUGUUCAUGCUUUUUGCUGAAAAGGUUGUUAUUGAAUGAAUCGCUCUUGGGAAUAUAAUUUGAUUUUCACUCGAACAUUGAAAGUUUGUAUGAAGAAUGGAAUUUAAAUAGAAACUGAAGUCUGGGUUUGAGAAUUUAACUUGCUGUAUGAUUUUGAAUUAUGAUGGCGUCUUAGGUGUUUGUGUAAAUGCCUGACUUACAUUCUUGAGCAUUUUUGAUAUUUUGCCGAAAGAAAUUUCCAUGUAUAUUCUCUAUUCUAUACUUGGGUAGAAAAUUUAUGGCUAAAGAAAACUAAAUAUUUCUACCUCAGCCGGUUGGUUGAAGCAGAGGGGUAGUUAAGCUUCUAGUCUUUGGUUCCACUUCCAUGGUAUCAUUCAUAACUUGAAGAUUAAGCCACAGAGAGAGACAGGUGGGGUUUGUGACGCUGCAUUUUUCAGUAUUCUGGGAUUGCCCCAGAGAGAGAGAAAGCAGUGACUACGUAUUAAGAACAUGGCAGAGGGCCUGAGAGAGGAUAUGACAGAGCCUGACGGCAGCGGAGAGAACCAACCCAGCAACAACAAUGGAGAGCUGCUGUCAAUUCCGAGGGGUGGACCCCUCUAUGUCGCCAACCUGGUGGGUUCCAUCACCAGCAUUCCUCACUUCGAGGCUUCUCUUCUCCUCGAGCUUCAGAACUUAGAGGUCGAAUUAUCUUCGGAUUCAACUCAAGUUUGUGAAGAGGACCUUACUGUGGAUGAGCUCAAAAUCUAUACUGAAGAAGAGUUAGUUGAUAUGGCCAUGAAAGAAGCAUUUAAGGAAGAGGACGAAGACAACAAUACUUCAGCAGUUCCGGAAGAGCCUGCCAAUGAAGGGAGAAAUGAUGAUCAUGGUGCCUCAAAUGAUAAAGAUGCAUGUAGAGAAAAUUCUGCAAGAGGAAGAGACUUGGCCGAAAUCAAUUGCAAUGGAAGUCCAAGUAAAAAUAAAUCAAAGAAGAGAAAAAGAAGGAUGGUUCAUGACCCCACUGUUAAGGAAGGCAAAGACACGAACAAUCCUUCAGCACUCUCGAAAGAGCCCUCCAAUGAAGGGAGAAAAGAUGAUCAUAGAAUAUCAAAGGAUAAAUAUGCAUCUUCAGAAACAUCUGGAAAAGGAAGAAAUGAUUCGGCUGAAAUUGGUUGCAAUGUAGAUACGAGGAAAAAAAACUUGAAGAAGGGCAAAAAAAGGACUGCACAUGGCCACACUAUCGAGAUAAAGUAUAUUGAAAAGGUGGAGGAACUUGCAAAAAUUAAAAAGAAGCAGGAUGAAGACAAAGCAGCAGUGAGACUGCAUUCAUUCAACCCCAGUUGCAGGACGGUUGCUUGUGCCAUUCCACCCUCUGAGAAAAUUGAAAGAAUGAAGCCCCUCAGGUCAGCAAAUGCAGUAACAAAGGUGAAGUUGUCAAGCUCGAAGGAACACAUUGCUGUGAAAUAUCCUGAAUUUGCCCUCUCUAUCGAGGUUUACCAUAAUAUAAGAAAAUGGGUAAAGACUCAAGAAUUCUUGGUCCUGGGACGACAAAAUUUGACUGAACUUAGGGACAAGAUCUACUGCUUAACUGACCAAGUGAUGCAAAAGGCUGGGCAGCAUGAUCCUUCUGGAUAUUUUCUCAUAGAGGAUGUAUUUUGCAAUGAUUUGAGGAAUCCAUCUGCAGUAGAUUAUAGUGAACCUAUUUUUGAUUGGCUCAGAAACAAUAAAGAAGAAGCUCUUAAAAAAUGGGAAUUCAUAACUACUGGAGAAUUGCAACAGAAGCAAAAAGCAAUCAUGGGUGAUGUAACGCCUUUACAAUUGCCUCACUUCAAAGCUGCUAGCAUGCAUCAAACACGGUUUUGUGACCUGAAGUUUCGACUUGGAGCUGGAUAUCUAUAUUGUCACCAGGGAGACUGCAAGCAUACAAUUGUGUUUAGAGACAUGAGACUUAUCCAUCCAGAGGAUGUGCAAAACCAGGCAGCAUAUCCGAUAGUCUUGUUUCAGCUGAAACCGCGUGUUCAAAAAUGCAGUACCUGUAAGAUCUAUAGAGCUACAAAGGUGACGGUCGAUGACAAGUGGGCUCAGGAUAAUCCUUGCUAUUUCUGUGAUAAUUGUUAUUACCUUCUUCACUACAAGGAUGGUUCUUUGCUGUAUAGUGACUUCUGUGUGUAUGAUUAUGUACAUGAUUAAUUAAUUGAUUUUCUUUGUGUAUA